AUGGCGACCAAUAUUGAGUUCGAAAAUGCCAUCAGAAAUGCUAUGCUGGGAAUCGACGACGAAGAGGCUCGCAGCGUUCAAGGUCUGGCUGAUCUUGGUGGCGGUCGUAUGCAUGCCGCCCAGCAUGACGCUGAAAGCCGAGAUCGUAGUGAGCAACUUAAGCAGAUCAAUAACCGACUCCGUCCGCAGCAACUCGGUACUUUGUCCAACAUUACCAACUUUGGUGGUCUCGAUCGUCCUGGAGUCCCAGUCAAGGUCUUCAACCCGAAAGAUAUGAAGCUAUCCGACAGCGCGAAUGGGAAAAAUGCAACUCAAAACCGUAUCGAUGAGCAUCAAUCCGCAAAAAAGACCUCUGAGAAUCGCUUCCACGGUGAUCCUAAAGCGAAUCUGGCGUCCGCCCGGGUUGCCGCCGUCGUUGCUCCCCAUCUACGGUCAAAGGCACAGGCUGCAGAAAUACUGUCGAGCAAGAAUUCUCAAAAGUUGCAAUCUGGCUCACAGGCCGAGCAGCAUAUAUCAGACCCAAAGAAACAAGCUCAGUCCCAGCCGCAGCCUCCCCAUACUAAGGUGCAAGAAAUUACACAACCAUCGGUUGAGACGCAUGGAAACCCCGCCAAGACCCUUGAUAGAUCAUCUGGGAGGGUUCUUUGGGCGUGGUCUACAGACUGCAAGGCCAAGAUCACCCCGAGCACUGGCUUGAAAACGGUUGACGCUAAGGUAUUACUGAAGAUGAUCGAAUUUGGCAACGGCCGACAACAGGCAGGCUUCAUACUACGUUAUAUCAACGAUAGCAUUGACUGCGAUAUCGAUGACCCUGUCAUACUCGUCAAGGGCAGUGAAGCUCAGGCAGCGACUAGCAAAUACGUCAACCUCGUAUACGACAUGACAUCGUAUCGAGCCAAUGACGGCCAGCACAAAGACAACUGGUGUGACGUUUCUUUCGUGUCCGGAACCAAGAAAAAGGAUAUGACGCUCUUAUUCGAUGACGCAGAGACGAUGAAAAUGUUUCGUGGAGCCGCUAUUGCCUUGCAGACCUCUCUGAGCAUCAGCAGACUUACCCCUGAACAGAAGAUCAGCCUUCAAAAUCGUCUGAAUGCACAGAAAGCUGCGGCCGUGGGGUCUAAGGCUGUUGUCGGGAUGGAUAUUAUUGAAAGCAUCCCAGACACUACGCCAGCCAAGACCACCAAUGAUGCAACGAAGUCUGCAGUUGGGCCGCCGAACCUCGACUCAGUGAAGCCGAAAGACGACACCAAGGACAGCACUAGAAUGGUGUCCAAGAUCGAGGACCCUGAUAUCUUAAAUACAGCUGGUGUUGAAAAGUCUGUCAGCGUCGUCUUUGAAGGAAACGGGCAGACGCCUCAAAUCUCUCCCAGGCACGACAUUAUCAAAUACAGCCCGGGCGCUUUGAGAAGCAUGAGCAGCACCCCGACUCAGGUAAUCCCACCGCUGGAAAACUGGCAAUACACCGAGUCUGUCUUGACGGGUGGUCGUCUCAAUGAGACACCAAAACCCGCGGAGUCUUUGAAGCAGGCGUCGAUGAAUGCAGGCCCCAUCACUAGAAAUCUUGCCACCCUAUCGACGAAGGGUGAAGAUUCUAAGACUCAAGAUUGUGGACAGCCUGAGAUUGUCAUUAACUUUUCAGCACCAUCCACCAGUAUCAAAGGUACCGAGACCAGAAAAUGCAAAUUCGCGCCUGAAUCAAAUGAGCGGCUGAAGUCUAAGGCUACAUUCGACUUUGUCAGCCCUUCCGGUGCCCCUGCGAUGCCAAUAGUUGUUGCCGCCAAGGCCAAGCCUGAGGUAGAGUUCAACUUCAACACUCUCCCUGGCUCACCGAAGAAAUCGGCAGCCAAAGACACCGGGGACAGGGCCACGAAGAAGUUUAGUACUGGAAGCACUCUAGAUGAUUCUUCAACGCCCGAACUAAAGGCUGAAAGAACCCUGCCAACGCCCCAGAAAUCCACGGCCUUCCGUCUCGAGAAGACCAGGGAGACCAGCCGGCCUCAAAUAAACACGACCCAGGAGAACGAUUCUAUACCUCAACAGGCCCCAGCAGUUACUAUUCUCAAAAGUCCCACUCCUCAUCACUCCCACGAACAAAGUGCGAUUGACAGGGAGCUUGGACAAGCCUGGUCGAUGUUAUCCAUGAUGAAUAGCCUCAACGCGAUCGAUGUCGUGGAGGAGACCACCACAGUCAAGACUACCAGACGGUAUGUUCUUCCCGUAGGCGCCUCUUUUCCGGGUUCGGGUCACGGCCAGAUGAACAUGCCACAGCCUGCGUCCAGUGGUGUUGUGGCCGAUGUGAAGAGCGUACCUGAUGCAGCCACCAGGCUGUCGGGAGACGCCCCGGUCUUCCAGCCCAGUCAUGGCGGCACUUUUCAGCGUGCGCCUGCCCAAGGAUCCCAUGUGGGUGCCAAAAGUCAGCAGCAGCACAAAGGACUCGCCAACUCGAAGUUUGCACAGCCCUCACAAGGCUUCAGCCACGCGGGCCGAUUCACAGGAACCAUGCUCGGGUAG